AUGAUUCUACGAUUAUUUUGUUUGUUAUUUCUCUAUUUUCUCGGGAAUCUCGUCUCCGCUCAGCAAUGGACAAAAGCAUUAAUCGAUAUGUGCGAUGCGUCGGUGCCCGGUUCGUGUGGGCCUUAUGGAUGGUGUGAGACGAGGAAGAGUGGGAAUCGCUGCCAUUGCCAAAUUGGUCGCAUGGGAAUCAAAUGCUUAA